UCCUCCACCUCACACUAGCUAGCUACCAUGGACGCUCUCUCCUGCCUGCCGCUGCCCUGCGCCGCCGCCUUCACCGACGCCGACAUCACGCGCGCGCUCCACUUCUCCAUGCCGCCCGACCACUCCGCCUCCCCUUCCUCCUCCUCCUCCUCGCCUUUCCUCGCCGACUUCGCCGCCGCCGGGGGCUUCCUGCCCUCGUCCGCGCCGCCGCCGCCGGUGAUGCCUGCGAUCACCUGUGAGUCGGUGCUCGUGGCCGACAGCGCGCGCGCCCCGCCGAUGAAGCGGCACCAGCUCAGAUUAGGCCCCGCGGGCGGCCGUGCCGGGAAGCGGCGGUCGCGGGCCUCGAAGCGCGCGCCCACCACCUACAUCAGCACCGACCCGGCCAACUUCCGCAUCAUGGUGCAGCAGGUCACCGGCGUCCAGGCCGACCCCGCCUCCCUCGCCGACGGCGGCAUCCAGCUUCCCACAGCCACCACCGCACCGUUCGACGCCGCGUCCCUCCACCUGCUCGACGCUGCCUCCCCCGACGCUAUCGCCGCCGCCUUCGCCUCCAACCCGCUGCUCGCCGAACAGGCGGCGGCGCUUCAGCGCCAGCAGACGCAGCCGUGCUUCCCCACGCUGGACUCAUCAUGGAGCGCCGUCAUGUACGAGGGCAGCGACCUACUCUGAACAAGACCAUUAAUUCCAUUUCCAGCUGCUGCUCACUUAAUUUGCUAGUUAGAACGAGUUCGGCCUAGCUAGCUCGCUAGCUACAUCUCUAUGAUAUGGAUCCCAUUACCUUUUCUCUCUUAAUUUGUUGGAUCGAUCGGAGCCAGGGGGAGAUGAUGAUGAUGCUGAUGCUGAUGCUGGUAUCCAUGAAUGAUCACAUCAAGUUCUUAAUUUUACUGUAGGGUAUUACCAGUACUGUACAGCGCAUGCAUGUCAUGUCGUCUUAGUCAAUCUGAGUGUAGCUGAUAACUAUCUGUGUGCAUCAGUGCAUGCAAAUAUUCCAUGCUGCAAGCUGUCUAGCUCAUCCCACUUAAUCUGUGCAUGUAUGUCAAAGCUACUACUAAUUAGCGGUAACUGUUCAUCAGUUGUU